UACUGAGACAGUUUGUCCUGUUUUAAUUCAGUGAUUUUUAUCAGAGUGCCAGAGUAACUGGAGUAAAUCACCAGCAGUGUGUUUGUGUGUGUGGUGUUGUAUGUGUGAGUGUCACAGGAUCAAUUAUUACCUACGGUAGUGUCUAUUUUCAAGUCGAGAUGCACCCGGUCAGAGUGUCGAUCCCGUCGUUUCGGUCUGAAAACAACUCGAUGGAGAAAGGAUACACGGUCUUUAAGAUUGACGUAUUGAUGAAUGGCAGACAACACAGUGUUGAGAAACGCUACAGUGAAUUCCACGCUUUGCAUAAAAUGCUAAAGAAGAGCAUAAAGCCACCUGAGAUCCCCUCCAAACACGUCAGAAACUGGGUUCCCAAAGUCCUUGAGCAGAGGAGGCAUGGUCUGGAGCACUACCUUCAGACUAUAAUUAUGGAAAAUGGGGUUCUUCCAAAGAUAUUCCUGGAUUUCUUGAACAUCCGCCAUUUUCCUUCAGUGCCAAAAACAGAAAGCUGUGGGUCUUUUGAUACAGAAUCAGAGGAAUCUAGUAAACUCACACAUCAGCCAGUCCUGCUGUUUCUGAGAGACCCCUUUUUGAUGCCAUCUGCGCAUGAUGCAUUUGCAAACGUUGUGAUUGAAGGCGUGGUUCAUGGAGUUUUCUACCCAGAUCUCCAGCCGAGGUAGAGCUUCAGAGGUGACUGUGAAGGCAUCUCACUACAAACGGAUGCUGCUAUUUUUGCACCAUUUAAGGUGUUCAUCAGCAAGGGCAUAACACGUUACAGUCCACUGAGCCUCAUUUAUAUAAUCCAAAGCACAUCCAUUCAUGAAAUAGUAAAGGGAUAUAUAACAGGAGCUGGCAAGUCACAGACACCUACGCCCCUUUACAUCUUAAAACAUUUGCUAUACGCUCUUUUUAAAGGUACGGAGCCCCUAAAGUCCUGCAUCAUUUGUAUCUUGGGUGCACACAUGAUGAAAAUGAUUAUCUCAGUGGACUUCAGUGGCUCCAUAAAAAGGAUUUAAACCCUUUAAAAGUAUUUCAUUUCAAUUUAAAGUCUGCGCUAAUAUUUAACAUUGUGUGUAAAGCUGUCACAGGUCUACUUUAGUGUUUUGUGGCAUUAUAAUAAGAUGAGUCUUCUCAGAAAAUACAGAGCCUAAAACUUUAUCAUAAUUUUAAUACAUUUCCCCUUUCUUGAGAAACUAGGAGGUGAAACAAAUACAGGAUCAACUGGAGUUUGAAGUAAGAGGAAGAUCAAUGUAGUGAGGAAUCUGUGCAGUGCUUUUUUUCUGUUUGUUUAGCGAGUGUAUCCAAUAAUGUUGUUAAUGGCAUGCCAACUGUUGCAGGACCAGAAAGGAAAUGCAGAGGUCAGCUGGACUGAGGGAUAGUUUGUAGGACAACAAAGAGGGUGCUGGCUGAUAGUUUGGAGCUGGAUUACAGCCAACAUACCAACUGCUGCCACUCCCUUUGUAGCACUGUGCUUAUUGAAUUUUUUCCGAGGUGCCAAAUUUAGAUGUUAGAAAGAAAGACAGAGAGCAGCAGUGUGGAGAGGUACAUUUUCAAGGAUGCUUUCAGGAGGAUUUGACAUAUAUGUGCCAAUGAAAAAACGAUUUGAGUUCUAUUAGUAGCUCCUAGCAGUGAUGCUAUGUGGACCAACUUAAGCAUCAGAUGUUUGUUAAGGAGCGCUGUAGUGUUCACAGUGAUGCUAGUGAGUUCUGUAGGUGUUACAGUAUGAAGAGGGGAUCACAAGGUCUGGGGGAUGAAGCACAUUUUAAAUGAAGGCAAGAACAUGUGGAGCAAUCUGAUAGUGAGGGAUGACACGUUACUGGGGGUGCAUGAUUAUUGCACAGUCACUGAAUUUAGCAUCAGCACUCUAGCACUGACCAUUUAUUUUGGUGAACCUACAUUACCCAGAAGUCUGUCAUAGUUUUGUUGGUUUGGCAACGACACAGAUUAUCUCUUUUUCAAGUUUAUAAUGGUCUGCCCAAACCGAUGCAGACUCAUGUGACGUCACUUGAAACAGCUUAUCAAACUCUAUGCAGCUUGCUGUAGAGCUACAGAGCUAAGACCCUCAACAGACUUGAUGUGUAAAAUCAGGAGUUCACUUUUAGACAGAAUUAGGGAUCAGUUGAGUCCUCUUUUAUAUUUAGAGGACAAUGAAAAGUGUAGAAAGCAAUGUAGAAGUUGUUCCAGCUCGUGCAAAACAAUCUAACUGACUGAAAAAGCAGAAAUCUUGUUUUGAAGGGGCCAGUAUCUGAAACUAUUACCAGUAAUGCUCUGUUUAAUGUUGGCACACACUAUGUAUGUGUUACUUUGUGGUGAUUAGAGGAACAAUCAUCCACCACUAAAAGGGAUUUUGUUUUAACAAGUGUUUGUUAAAUGAGAGAUGGUGAUUAAAAGGACUUAAAACCAGGGAAACUGUGCAAUAUGAAAUUUAAAAAAAAAUCUUUAUCUUCUGUGAAAGUACUAACCAUCUCCUGUUGUGAACACUCAAAAGGACUUGUUGCUUUUGUGAAACUUUAUGUUGCAUAUCAGUAAUUUUUAAACACUUAAAUGUGUCUGGACCUCCACUACAGCUACAACAGAGCCACACAUAUUUAUACUGAACUAAAUGUAUCCUGAUCAACUAACCUCAGCUACGCAGAUCAUGAUCUUGUGAUUAACAGUCAAUUAUUUCAUAGAGAUCCACCAUGUAGAUUAUAUGUAUUUAUAUUGUUUAACAUGGUACUGUUUGAGUGUCGUCGUGUGCCAUAGUGUCGAUCUACAGUGAACACUGGAACUGUAGGCACUUUAAGAGGAGCGACAUGUAAAAUCUGACACCAAUAAAAUUAACUAUUUCCACAA